CACCUGAGUUUCGAGUUACUUCGGCGUUGCAGGAAAUGGAAGACGCACCUGUCUGAGAAAAAAAACAAAGCGUUGUUAUCGAAACUUUACUCGGCCAUUUUUGGGAUUUCAAAGUAAAACAUAACGCCUAUGUUUUAAAGGAUCUCGAGAAAAUAUGCAUCAGGGUAUAAUCUUUACCCUGUUUUUGUUAACAGGUUUCACUCAAGCCAUCAAUGUGAUCUGUCCUUAUCCACGCCAUGUGGUCAUAUUAUUCCAGCCGGUCACUCUUCGCUGUGAUUACACCACCACGGCUCAAAAUCCCCCUCUGAUAAGCUGGAAAUACAAGUCCUAUUGCAGAGACCCAAUCCAAGCUGCAAUGAACCCCAGCAGUGCUGACAAUGCCAUCGCACAAUCAAACCCCAACUACAACCCCAACAUAGAGUGCGCGGACAGCGUCAGGACCGUACGCAUAGUGGCUUCAAAACAGACGGCCGUCACGCUUGGGAAAGAGUAUCAGGGUCGCCAGAUCAGCAUCACUAAUAAUGCGGACCUUACUAUUUCUCAGACGGCGUGGGGUGACAGCGGUGUGUACGUCUGUAGCGUUGCUUCGGCCCAGGACCUUUCGGGAAAUGGCGAAUGUUUCACAGAGCUCAUUGUGCUGGAGAGAAAGUCAAAUACUACAGACCUGCUGCCUGGCAUUGAUUUACUGGUCAUGGAAGACUGGUUGUUGGUGGUGUUGGUGGUCCUGGGCUUCUUGUUGCUGUUACUCCUGAUCGGGAUUUGCUGGUGUCAGUGUUGUCCUCACACCUGCUGCUGUUACGUCAGCUGUCCCUGCUGCCCGGAGCGCUGCUGCUGUCCCCGCGCCUUAUACGAGGCAGGUAAAAUGGUAAAGUCGGGUAUCGCCAGUCAGUACGCCCCCACCGUCUACGCCCCAAGCAUGUACGGACAACCGGCUUACGGACAACCGGGCAUUCCCAUGCUGCCUAUGCCAGGACAAUUCCCUGGACAACCCUCCAAUGGCUACGGCAGAGACUUCGAUGGGGCCAGCUCAGUUGGUCAAGGGUCGCAGGUGCCACUUCUGCAAGACCACAACAGCGGAGGAAACCGCAGUGGAUACCGUGUUCAGGCCGAUCAAGAUGGAAACCCAACUCGGGUACUUUACUACAUGGAGCGAGAACUGGCCAACCUCGACCCCAGUCGCCCAAUACACGCUCCAGGCAAAUACAAUCGUCUAGAUGCUAUGAGUGAGGUGACUUCACUGCAUGACGGUCUAGACUCUCGAAAUCGAGGUCGUUCGAGACCUCCUCAGCUCAACACGGUCUACGAUGAUGUGGAUGAAAACAUGAGCACCAUAAGCAGCGUCUCGCAACACAUCCGACGGGAAGAACCCAGACGUGGCCCUGACACUCGAGGGCGUGCACGCUCCAUGGAAAACUUGGACGAUAUUGGCCGGAAUUACAGAGAUCGAGAUGACUAUCCACCUCCUAGCAGAGGCGGUGGGCAAAGAGGUGGCGGGAGAGGUUCGGACGAUGAAUGGAGCAGCAGCGGACGAGGUUACGACCGAGACCGAGACGAUGACCGUCGUCGCCGUGACUACACACCCGAUCGUCGCCGCAACGAAUCCUUCCGCGGUGCCGGCUUCCAGGGACGUCGCGCCCUUAGCCGAGAUGACUUGAUGAAUCUGGAGCCCGACCGUGAUCGCCGAGGUCGGGAUGCUUACGAUGACAGCUUCCUACGGGAGGCCAUGGAGAAGAAGAAGAUGGGCGAGCAGCAGAGGGCUCGCAGUCGAGAGCAUCUGGACAGCGAGAGCGACCGCUCUGACCGUAACAGAGGGGCACCAAGAGGACCUCCACCUCUGCCCCUUGCCCCAGCCUCUGGAAACCCAGAUCGCCGUGGCAACAACCACUUCCCACCUCCACCACCGCCUUACAUGGAGGACAAUGAUAGCUUGGCAUCAUCCAAGAAGAGCAACUUAAAAAAGAAUGGAGCCGUGAGUAGAGAGAGUUUGGUGGUAUAACCGCUCGAGUAAAAGAUGGUUUCAGCGGUGCAUCUCAACAAAGGGUUAAGGGCUGAGAUUUCUGUUUAUAUUCAAAUGUCUUGAAUUUUUAUUGGAUGUUUUUAUGAUAUGUAUUGUAUUGCCACAAUUGCUUUAGAUUAUGAUGUACUUUUCUAGCUUUGGCUUGUUUGUAAACUUUAUAAAAAACUUUAUUUUAAAUAA